CAUCGAAAGAAGAAGAAAUACGAAAGUACCGUCGCGAAAAAAUAGCCGCUCGCUUUUUGGGUGUAGUAAUAUUGUACAAUAAACUUGUUGAUUUUUCUUUAUUAUAACAAAAUAAUUGGCAAAUAACAUAAACUCACACAUAUAAUUAAUAAUAAUGUUUAAUUCUUAUCAGUGCUAAAUUUGUUUUUAAACAAACGACUACAGUGAUUUUGUGUAAAAAAAACUAAACAACGAUAAGAUUUUGUCGGCAUUUCUUUUAUGCAAAAUUUGUGCUAAAUUGUUGAAAAGGAAAAAAAUCUAUUAAUAAUAAUGUCCUUCUAUAACCGCAAUACAGAAUUGCGAAAUGUACACACUAAAGAUUUAUACAAUUUGGCUGUUAUACUCGACGAUGACAAUUAUUGGCAGACACUAAUGGAAAUAAUACCAAAAGAAUUGAACAAUCAAACAUUUGGUACAUCACAAGAUUUGGAGAAAAUUGCCUCAGGCUCGGCAUAUGAACGUAAAUAUAAUAAUGAUCAUAUACGUUUAAUAGAGAAUGCAAUACGUCGACCUGGCGAAUCACGUCUGUACUCACAAAUUCUUUUCGAUGAAUGGGGCUCGUCCGGACGUAAACAUGAACGACCCACAUUGGGUGUACUCUUGCAUUUGUUGGUACAAUCAAAACUAUAUCGAGCGGCGGAUUUUGUUGCAGAACUUUUAAAUGAACCCAAACCACAACGACCUACAAAUGGCCCUGCUGCAGAAUUUGAAUUUGAAAUAGAUGUUUUUAAUGAUAUUCAAGAGACAGUAAAUGAUACACGCUUUUAUCCUAAUACAGAAGAUUUACAAGAAAAUAUAAGUAUUGAUAUUAAUAAAGACUAUUAUACGAAAUAUCAUAAAAUUGUUGAUAAAAAAAUACCAACUAUAAAUGAUAAUACUGAAGAGACAACAAUGACAGUGGCUCCAAAACCCCCGCCAAGGUUAUUAAAAUCAGCGAGAUUAUUAAAACAGCAGCAGCAGCAGCUUCAACAACAGCAACAGCUAUCAAAUCAAUUACUACAACAAACUGCCAAUAAAAAUGAUAUAAACAACAAGAGCCCAAAUAUAAUACAAGAACAAGUACAACAACAUCAACAACAACAAAUCCAACAAUUGAAUACACAUUCGAAUAAUGAAAGUAUGUCAGUUUUGUCUUCUGUCUCCACAAAUAAUAUGCCCAAACUGUCGGCACUAAUGAAUUCAACAAAUAGUAUAAUUGCUACUACAACUACAACAACUAUGACAACAACGAACUAUUCAUCGGAAAUAAGUGAAACUGUAUUGCCAAAAUUAUCUGCACUGAAUAAUAGUUCCGAAAGAAUACCACAACCUUAUGGCGACGAAGACGAUGAUGAUAGUUUAAAUAGUACACCUUCAUUAAUUUAUACCAAACCAAAUAUUGUACAUGACCAUGGCCAGCAACAUUCAGACAUGAACAGCAUACCAAUAGUAGUAUUAAGUAAACCUUUAAAUAUUGACUUUAAAAAAGAACAACCAGAUAGCGAAAAUUAUGUUGAAAUAAACGAUGAUUUACCAGCGAUAAGUGCUUUAAAUCUAAAUGGUGAAAGAGAUGAAGUUGUAAAUCAACAAAAUCAAUCUCAGCAGAGUAAUAAUUUCGAAAAUGUACCCUCAGUUGCUUUAAAUUAUACGGGUCAUCGUAGGGCCAGUUUUGAAGAGUGUGCCGUCCAUGAUGAAGAUUUAAAUAUACCUUGUUUGGUGGCCAAUAUGAAUUUUAACGAAAAUCCCUCCAGACAUCAACUAGAGGCCAUAGAAGAGGACUACAAUGGUAUUGAACAUGAACAUGAUAACGAAGGUGCCGUAGCAGAGCUCGAUGAAGAUGAAGAUUCUAUACCGAAUUUAAGUUUCUUAGAGAAUCGUAGCUCUAACAAUGAAUCAAGUUUAACUAGUGUUACAAAUACCAGCGGUGACAAUAGCUUUGAACAAAGUGUCAACGAUUGUAGUUCGACUUCCACUGACAAUGUUCCAUUUUUAAGUGUAUUUAAUCAGUAAUUUAUUACAACUAUAAAAUUUUACUAUUAUACAUAUAUUUACUAUUUGUCUUAUUAUAUAUAUAUUUACUAUUUGUCUUAUUAUAUAUGUAUUUAAUUGUU